ACUUGCCGUGUGACGUGAAAACUGUCGCAAAGUGGCGCAACCCACACACCGCUGGCCCUCCACUGCUGAGCAGGCGUGGGGUUGCAUUAGCUUUACUUGAUAGAUGUUUUUGUGACUUAUAUCUUAUUUUUCUGAUCGUAGUCUAAAGCAGACACCGUGACACAAUUUGACCCACUCGAGGAACGCUGUAACGACGACCAACGACGAUGUUUAAAAAAUUUGAUGAAAAGGAAAAUGUGUCCAACUGUAUCCAGCUGAAGACAUCAGUGAUCAAAGGUAUCAAAAAUCAGCUGUUGGAACAGUUCCCUGACAUCGAGGCAUGGCUCAAUCAGAUAAUGCCGAAGAAGGACCCUGUGAAGAUAGUGAGAUGCCAUGAACACAUUGAAAUCCUGACAGUGAAUGGAGAGCUGCUUUUCUUCAGACAGAGAGAAGGACCUUUCUACCCAACCCUCAGACUGUUACAUAAAUAUCCUUUUAUUCUUCCACACCAGCAAGUAGACAAGGGGGCCAUUAAAUUUGUCUUGAGUGGAGCCAACAUCAUGUGCCCCGGGUUGACAUCGCCAGGUGCUAAACUCUACCCAGCUAAGGCUGACACAGUUGUCGCCAUCAUGGCAGAGGGGAAACAACAUGCACUUUGUGUUGGCGUGAUGAAGAUGUCUACAGAGAACAUAGAAAAAGUCAACAAGGGAAUCGGGAUUGAAAACGUCCACUAUCUGAACGAUGGACUGUGGCACAUGAAGACAUAUAAAUGAUAACGCCAGCCAUUUGGAAGAUGUACGGAGCUCCUGAUAGCGAAGCAUGAGCUGCCAGUCAACUGUUUACACCUAGAGACUUAGCUGUGUAAUCUACUGGAGGCUUUGAAUCAACCGUCACUGUCAUGCAAAAAUAAAAGAAAGAGCUUGCUUUAAAGUGUAUCUCAGUUGGCAUUUUGUAUUGCGGGAAAAAAAAAUUGUAAAAGGAACCACUUAAACAAAACUUGAACAUGUCAACAUGCUCUGAUGUGCAGUUGCAAGAAAACGUUUGUGUGAAUGCUUUGUAAUUAAUAAAGACUUCUUGAUUUGAUUUCUCAUAAAAAUACAGUCUGCUCUUCAUCUAAAGCCGUAAUUACGGACAAAUACAAUCUGAUUAAAAAUGCACAAACAGUU